GUACAUAACCAAAAAAAAUUACCAACUUUUUUUUGACCAAGCGAUGCGGCUAGGGAACAAAACGAUGCGAUUAGCUCAGGACAGGCUAGGGUUCGGUGAAUUAUCAGAUAAGCCAUUUUUUUCAGAAUUAAUUAUAAAUGGUGGUUAUACAUCACCAAGAAUGAGUGAUACUACAGCUACAAGUAGUGUGACGGAGGUGGCGGAUGAAUUAGAUUCGGAUGAUUCGAAUUCAACAUGUCUCAGUCAUUCGUCGUCCAGUCCUGUCAAGCAGAAACCAUCAGCAGGUCGAGUAAAUGGAUGUGGGUUACCGUCUGUGCAUGUUCCUGUAUCUUUACCUUCGCACGGACACAGAUUCAACAUUAUCCAAAAACUGAAUAUGCGCCAGACACGAGGAAAGGUUAUGGAGAGGCGCGGAGGGCCAGAAAUGCGACUGUUCUCCAGGUUGCCUGGUCGGUUAGCUUUCCUUAUCCGAGAUACUGUUCCUCAUUCAGCUCUUACAGCAGGUUAGCUUUCCUUAUCCGAGAUACUGUUCCUUAUUCAGCUCUUACAGCAGGUUAGCUUUCCUUAUCCGAGAUACUGUUCCCCAUUCAGCUCUUACAGCAGGUUAGCUUUCCUUAU